AUGGUACCACCAACACAUCCAGAUUAUCGUCCAGCCAGGAUCGAAUACCAACCCAUCGACUCAUCGCAGCAUGUGCUCUUGCCUACAGCUUCUCCCUCUCCAAAAUCACCAACAGCGGACACUUCGAGCGUUCAGAGUGGUGGUAUUGUGAACCCUCCGCAUGGGGCCGUAGCAGAUACUUUAGAAGAGAGUAUUGAUCCGAAUGACUUUGUCAAGGCUGGUCAGCGCGCUGCGGCUAUGCUUAUGAACUCAGGUGCGAAUCGACCGAAAUCAACACCGGUGGUGUCGGGGCCUAUCAAGACCAUCCCUCAGCGGCGAGUGGAGCUGCGUAACGCCGAGUGCCAGACAACUUCUCGCCCAGAUCUUGAUAAGAAUGCUGUUAUCUGGAGACUACGGCAUAGAAGCAGCAUCUGA